CCAAAAGAAAAAACUCUUUCUUUCUCUUCUCUGUUCGUCUCCCUCAGAUCUCUUCUUCUUUCUCUUCUCUCUCCAUACCACUCUCACCAACCCACCACCAUAACCAUUACUAUAAACCCUCUCUUCUCCACAAAACAAAACCCACUUUUUUUUUCUUUCUCAAUAUCCCCCUGCUUUGGCUGAGUUGAUUGAUCCAUUGGAAGAUAAUGAAAUAAGUGGCGUCAAGGGAUGUGCGUUUUGUGGCGGGCUUGGUGAUCGUAUCCGCGAUUGUCCAAAAUUAGAACAUCAGAUGAGUGUGGCAAUUGCAAAUAAUAGGAAGGAUUAUUUUGAAUCUGGAGGUUACAGAGGAGAAAUUUGAAAGACGCCAGUCCCUUGUUUACUGAUUUUUCUUUUAAUGCAACUGGCUUGUCUGCAGGUUGAGCAUGCUAAGUCUUAGCUGUUGCACGCGACAUUGAUCUACACUUUUUGUUGCAUAGAGUUGAAGUUAGAGGGGGAAAUGGGAAAGUUAGCUCUUGCAGCAAUAGUGAGCUCAUGGGUUGUUCCUAUCACCAUAAUGGUCAAUCACAUAGUUCCUGAACCAUAUAUGGAUGAGAUAUUUCAUAUACCACAGGCUCAGCAGUACUGCAAGGGAAAUUUUGGAAGUUGGGACCCUAUGAUUACCACCCCUCCUGGCCUGUACUAUCUUUCACUUGCCCAUAUUGCUUCUUUGUUUCCAGGCUUUUUCUGUGUAGAAGCUUCAUCAUCAUUUACUGAUAUGUGUUCUGCUGCCAUUCUUCGAUCAAUCAAUGGUGUCUUAGCAGUCAUAUGCAGCAUAAUUCUGUACGACAUCAUUAUUCACUUGAAGCCAACACUUGGUGAUAGAAAGGCAAUGCUUCAUGCUGUUGUCCUAUCCUUGUAUCCCCUUCACUGGUUCUUCACUUUUCUUUAUUAUACGGAUGUUGCAUCCGUUACCGCAGUGCUGGCUAUGUAUCUUGCAAGUUUGAAAAAGAAUUAUUGGUUAAGUGCAUUGGUUGGAGCCUUUGCAGUUGUUGUUCGACAAACAAAUAUUAUAUGGGUCCUUUUUGUUGCAUGCAUUGGUAUAAUUGAUAUGUCUCUGAUGCACGGAAAGGGCAAUGCAAAAACAGCCAAGUCAGAUGUAUCAAUUGAGCAUGAUUUCACAUGUGCUACUGGUACAGGGGCAAAGGGUUCAAAUCUGAAAAGGCGAAAGUCCUCUGUUAAAGCUGUAAAUACUGCUGAGCACACUUUGCCUAAAACAAAUGCAUCUUCUCCUUCCUUCUGUUCAGAUUUGGUUAAUGAAAUUUGGGCAUUACUAUUAACAUUAUGGCGUAUGAAGUGGGAGCUUUUAAUUUCAUUUAGCCCCUUUCUCAUCGUGUUGAUGGCGUUUCUUUUAUUUGUCUAUUGGAAUGGAAGUAUUGUUCUAGGUGCAAAAGAAGCACAUGCUGUUACCCCACAUUUUGCUCAGAUACUAUACUUUAGUUUAGUUUCUGUUUUGGCUCAGGCUCCCAUGCAUUUUACUUUCACCCAUGCUGUGGACCUGUUUCAGUCAUUUUGGAGAAGUAGGCCCCUUAGUUACAUUCAGAUGUUUCUGGCCCUUAUUGCUGGCAUUUUCUCUGUACACUUUUUCAGUGUAGCUCAUCCGUACCUUCUUGCCGAUAAUCGGCAUUACCCUUUCUAUCUCUGGAGGAAAGUCAUCAUGGCUCACUGGUCAAUUAAAUAUCUUCUGGUGCCAGUUUACAUGUAUUCAUGGUUUUCAAUCAUCCAUAUGUUGGGGAAAGUUAGAAGUAAGUUAUGGAUAUUGGCAUAUUUCUUGGCUACAGCUGCUGUUCUUGUACCAGCUCCACUCAUAGAGUUCCGAUAUUACACCAUACCGUUCUAUUUCUUGGUACUUCACUGUAACAUUAGGGAUGAUCAACAAUGGCUUCUUACAGGAAUGCUAUAUGUUGGUGUUAAUAUCUUUACAAUGAUUAUGUUUUUGUUUCGGCCAUUUCAUUGGGAUCAUGAGCCUGGGAUUCAAAGGUUUAUAUGGUGACUUACUUUAAUGUGUUAUUAAAAAUUAAAUCAAAGAAUUGAUUUCACUUUCAUACAAUUUAAGUAUUUGACCUGCACAAAA